AUUGAUUCUCCGCUGGGAGAGAGCCUCCGCUCCUCAGAAUCAGAUGUGCGACAACAACGCGUCUUAAAUUACUUCUUCAAAAUUUUCUAUCGGAUAUAUAGGGUGUGCACCAGUUUUCGACGAGCGUGCCAGGCGUUGGCAGGGCAUGAGUUAUGCUGCGAAGUGCGAAAUUAUCUUCAGGGUAUCAGGCCACCUCUCAAGAUCUUCGCAGUACAAAGAUCAGUGAAUUAAAGAGUCGUUGCCCUGGUCUCCUGGAACGGGUCCAUGACUCAGAAUUCUGUCUGUCGUUUUCAUCGGUCGGCGUGAACUACGAUCUGAGCAUUUCGCUCCCGCCCGGUUUUCCUUUCGUCGGUCCAGUGCUGAGUGUACACCCACCAGCUAUCCAUCCUCUUCUGGACGAGACUUCGACCGUAUGUGGACUCACAGAUCUGACCGCCUUCUCGAUUCAUGCCUCCGUGCCCGAUAUUGUUCACACCGUCCUCUCGCAAUUCAUAGUCACACCGCUGAAAAAAAAAGAGGAUAUUCCUCAACCCGGAAGCAAAAGCAUGUACAUGAACGGAGGCAACUACAGAACGUCCUCAAUUUAUCAGAAAGUUAACGAGCUGAGUACGGAUGACCUGAAAGAAUGGAGCUCCGACGAUAUGAAGAUCAAGGAAUUCGUUGAAACCCUGCCACACAUCAAAGCGAAGCGUGAAAUUUCUAGAGGAAUGUAUGAAACCAACGAAGCUUUAGCGAAGUCGAACAUCUCGAUGCGCGAGGGCCUGGAACAAACUCGUGAUCAACUACUCUCACGCUGUGAAGAAUUCAGUCGAGUUCGAGCGGAUUUCGAGACGAACCAAGAAACGUUCCGUAUGCUCUCGGAGACUUUCACUCCGGAGUCCAUCAAAGAGGGCCUUCGCAGAGCCGCUCAGCAAGCCGAAGAGGAGAGCGACUCCUUGGCAGAUCAGUUUCUGAACAAGCAACUAGGCGUCGAUGAUUUUCUGCGGAGCUUUAUGGAAACAAGAACCCGGAGCCACGAGCGCUCAGCCAAGUCCGAGGUUCUACAGAAACAACUCGAACAGCUGUAUCGAUUUUGAGUCACUCGAACUCCCGAGUGGGUCUCAGAUGAAAUUGGUUGUUGAGUCGAUCGACAGUAUAGACCAGAAAUCCUCGCACCAGAAAUCGAUAAACCGGAUAUGCGAGCCGACUCAGCUCAAUCUACAAGUGAGCGUCCGCAGAGGCCAUACAACGUACGCUCCUCGCCGAUACGUGGUAGAAGGUGAUGGGUAGUUCUGUGAAUAGACUGAGGCUCAGUCUAUUCACAGAACUACCCAUCACCUGAGGUACUUUUCGUAACUUUUGAAACAAUCGUUUGGGUGCACGCAAAAGAUACGCCGAGCAUGUGGGUGCAACAAUCAUACGUAGAACAACUUCAACCGAAACGAACCAAAUGUAAUAUGAAUGUAUACUCGCUGUAAUAUAUGGUCGAAGUUCGUAGU